ACUGCUGGUGUCUAUCUACAGCUACUGGCUGUUGCUUCUCUUGCUGGACAGUCUGUAUUCGCCGAGACUAUCAGCGAGAUCAAUGGCAACAAGUUUCUCUCGCCAUACAAUGGAAUGAACGUCACGAAUGUCAACGGCAUAGUCACAGCCAAAGGACCAAACGGUAUCUGGGUUCGGUCUACUAACCCCGACAAGGACGAUAGAACCUCCGAAUCUGUCUAUGUGUUUGACCGCAACUUUGGCAAAACCCUGUCUGUAGGAGACGUCAUCCAGCUUAAUGGAACUGUCUCGGAAUACAGAUCAAGCAAAGCAUAUAUUUACUUGACUGAGAUCAUCAACCCCAAACUAAUUGAGAAGGUCUCCUCUGGAAGUGCUGCAACCCCGCUGGUUAUCGGUAAGGACACUAUCAGUCCUCCUAACAAGGCUUUCUCCGCAUUGGACAAUGGAGAUGCAUUCGGCGUGCCAAACAACGUCAGCUUGAUCUCUGUGACCAAUCCUACCUUGAUCCNNCCCCGCAACUAUGGCAUGGAUUUCUGGGAGAGCCUCAGCGGAGAACUUGUCACUGUCAAGGGCGCUCAUGCUUUGACCAAGCCAAACAAUUACGGCGACACCUGGGUAGUCGGAGACUGGAAAGUCACCGGCUUGAACGGUCGUGGUGGUCUGACUACGNAUGCCAACCCUGAGGCUAUCAUCAUUGGCUCACCACUCGAUGGGUCGAAGAAUCCUGUUGUCACCAGAGUUGGAGACGUUCUCGGCGAUAUCACUGGGGUUGUCACAUAUACAUUCGGAUACUACACUAUUCUUCCUCUGACCGCCUUGGACAUUAUCAAGGCCGUGGAGCCUGCACUUCCGCCACCUACCAAACUUGUGUCUGAUGGUGAUUGCGGUGGUAUCACGGUCGGAUCAUACAACGUGGAGAACUUGUGGGCUGGGUCGGACCAUCUGGUCAACAUCUCCGACCACAUCGUCAACUAUCUCCGCAGUCCUAAUCUAGUCUUUGUUCAAGAAAUCCAAGACAACAACGGAGAAACUAAUGACGCUGUUGUGAGCGCCAACUUGACGCUCAGUACUCUGACUUCUGCAAUCAGCAGCAUGGGUGGACCUGAGUACGAGUUUGCUGAGAUUGACCCUGUUGAUGACAAGAACGGCGGUGCCCCUGGAGGCAACAUCCGUACCGCUUAUCUUUACAACUCAGAUAUCCUGCAACUGCGCAAGCCCAACUUUGGCUCGAGCACCGAAGCCAACGCGGUCUUGCCUGGUCCUGAGCUCAAGUACAACCCCGGUCUUAUCGACCCCCAGAACGCAGCUUGGACUGCGAGUCGCAAACCAUUAGUCGCUGCUUUCGAGACUCUCGAUGGUAAGAACUCGUUCUUCACCGUUAACGUUCACUUUGGAAGCAAGGGAGGCUCCUCAUCUAUUGAAGGAGAUGCUCGUCCUCCUGUCAAUGGUGGUGUCGAGGACCGUCAAGAGCAGAUGCAGUUGACUGCUGACUUUGUUGCUGAGAUUCUUGCUAAGGAUAAGAAAGCAAAGAUUAUCGUCGCUGGUGAUUUCAAUGAGUUCGCCUUUGUCCAUCCUCUCGAGAAAUUCAGAGAGGUCUCCAACCUUCGUGAUCUUGAUGAGGCUGCCAAUGUUCCCGAGCUCGAGAGAUACACUUACCUUUUCGACAUGAACAGUCAGGAGCUUGAUCACAUGUACAUCAGCCAGGCUCUCAAGCCAAAGGCACAGUACGAGCAUGUCCACAUCAACACAUGGGUGACCAAGGCUCAGCAGAUCUCUGAUCACGAUCCUUCGGUUGCUAAGUUGAACAUUUGCAAGUAG